AGAGGAAGGUAAUUAUCUCAAAGUGUGCAUGUGAUCAGUGUUUUCCCACAGUGAAGUAGUUACCUGUUUGUGUGCUCAGCGGGUGUGGGUCAGCAGCAGGGGGCUACAGUUGGCUGGUCAGCUCUGAAGUGUAUGGAUGAGGAGACACUUUUACUACCUUAUAAAAGGCCAGACCUUGGACAGCUGUCACCCCCUACAAAUGGUCAUGGAAAAUUCCUCUGAACUUCUGCAGAAGAGUCCUCAUGGGAACUUUCCCUGCUGUUUCUGGAAGUAGGCUAUCUCUGUUGUAUCCAUCAAAGCCAUUGUCUUAAUAGUGCUCAAGCCUUUGUGUAAUGAAGACGCAUGAUGUUCCUGGCACCGGUUAGUGUUUUACAGUUAAAUCUGGGGGCCUUGCCUCCUUUUUUACCCUGUUAAUUUGUGUCUGCAUUCCUUUUUGAGAUCCCGCAGUAAAUAUCCAGCAGUGUCAGAUACAAGCAAGCUCCACCAGGAUGAAAUUUAAUAAGGCGAAGUGUAUUAAAAAUGGGAAGUAAUUAAGGCCUAUGAAUUGCACAGGUUUUGCCUAAUAUAACCCAGAUGGAUGUUUUUUUUUUUCUUCUUCUUCUCUGUGAGUGAUGUAUUUGGGAUUUGGUCUGGAAACUAGGAAUUUGAAUCCUUGGGGCCUGGAGGAAAAACAAGGCAGGAGGGUGAAGUGUGGCUGAGAUGCGGGGGCUGUUCAGGAGUGGGUGGAGGGAAAGAAGUGGGACGUCCUAACCUCCUUUCUAUAGCAUUGCACCUUUCCUCCCAUUCGUAAUACACUAGCUAUCACUGCUCAGGUCCUGUCUUUUGUCACAGAGCUCUAAAAACAGUCCGCUAAACGGAGAGGGAGAGAGAAAACAAUAGGCACAGAGACAGAAGAACGAGACAACUUCUGCUGGACAGACUUCAGAAAGGUGAAUGUCCUGUACCCUGUAACUAUGAAGGCCACAUAUGUGCUACUUUGCGUGGGUCUGGUUGUUCUUCCUGCUACAAUCUGUCAGUCUCCUGCUGAACGUGACUCUUACACAGAGUGUACAGAUGGCUAUGAGUGGGACGUGCAGACUCAACUCUGUCGAGACAUAAACGAGUGUGAGACUAUCCAGCAGGCUUGUCAGGGAGAGAUGAAAUGCUUUAAUCAUUAUGGUGGUUACCUGUGCCUUCCUCGCUCUGCCUCCGUGAUCACUGCACCUGAGCCCUCCAGCCAAUCAGAGCCCAGUGUGCCUGUGGAGAGUAAUGAGGCCUUUAACCCCUGUCCCGUAGGCUACAGGGCCCAAGGAGAUACCUGUGUGGAUAUUGAUGAGUGCGAAUUGGACAUGCAUGACUGUCAGCCCAGCCAGGAAUGCAUCAACACCGUGGGCACCUACACAUGUCAGUGCCCUGACGGCUACAGCAAGAUUGGCAUAGAGUGUGUGGAUAUCGACGAGUGCAGGUACAGAUACUGUCAGCAUCGCUGCGUGAAUGUGCCAGGAUCUUUCUCCUGUGAAUGUGAGCCUGGCUUCCAAUUGGCAGGAAACAACAGAUCCUGUGUUGAUGCAAAUGAGUGUGAGAUGGGAGCACCUUGUCAGCAAAGAUGCUACAACAGUUUUGGUACGUUCCUGUGUCGCUGUGAUCAAGGGUAUGACCUGGGACCUGAUGGCUUCUCAUGCAAUGAUAUUGAUGAGUGCAGCUAUUCCAGUUUCCUUUGCCAGUUUCAGUGUGUGAACGAGCCUGGAAGAUUCUCCUGUGUUUGUCCAGAAGGUUACGAGUUAGUUGGAACACGACUCUGCCAAGAUGUGAAUGAGUGUGAGACAGGCACUCAUCAGUGUGGGACGGGACAGGUCUGUGUGAACAUCCAUGGUGGACAUCAGUGUGUCAGCUCCAACCGCUGCCAGGAACCCUACAUCCAGGUCCCAGAGAAUCGUUGUGCAUGUCCGGUGGUGAAGCCAGAGUGUCGUGACCUGCCCUUCUCCAUUGUGCAUCGAUACAUGAGCAUCACCUCUGAGCGCUCUGUUCCCUCUGACGUCUUCCAGAUCCAGGCCACCAGCGUCUAUCCUGGAUCCUACAACUCCUUCCGCAUUCGUUCUGGAGAUGAAAAUGAUGAAUUCUACAUACGGCAAAUCAACAACAUCAGUGCCAUGUUGGUUUUGGCCAGAGCAGUGACUGGACCGAAGGAGUACGUCCUCGAUCUGGAGAUGGUGUCUGUCAGUCCUCUCAUAAACUACCAGACCAGCUCUGUUCUGCGUCUCUCUGUUUAUGUUGGGCCUCAUGCUUUCUGAGAGAGAUGGAGAGACAAAAUAU